AUGGCCGCUGUGGCACACUGGGGCUCGCCAGUGUUCUCACAGGUGUUUUCAAGCAUCCCUUUUUGUGCCAGCAAUCACGGGGUCUGGCAUUGCUGGAAGACUGAUGGUGUAAGAAAACGAGGUACGUUGAUGAGGCCGGCCGCCCUCUGCUUUGCGUCCUUGCUUGCCGGUCUUAAGAGGGCGCCGCGAGCCUCAUCGCGGCAGCUGGCGGCUUGUCAGUCUGCAGCAGGUGAUGUGGGCUUCACAGUGGAAGCCAUUGAUGGCAAAGGCCUUGGCGCUUUGGCAACGGUGCUGAUCCGUCGGGGCGACCGCGUGCUGCAAGAGGCCCCGCUGAUCUGCAUGGACACCAAGCAAACCUCAGCCUUGGACCAGACCGCUUGGCAGGCGCUGGACGAGCUCCUCAGGAAGCAGGUGGAAUGCUUGCGAAGCGACGAGGAAGCAAGAUUUUGGGCACUCGGAGAUGCUUUCACGGAGGGGGAGAAGACGGCAGCUGGGGUCUUCUGCACCAAUGCGGUGUCUUGCGAAGGGCAAGCGAUGCUCUUUCCGCAAACUUCGAGGAUGAACCACAGCUGCCGGCCCAAUGUUGUUCACUCCUGGCAGGGUGAGGAUGGUCUCAUGGUGCUGCAUGCAACGAGAGCCAUCCAGCCGGGAGAGGAGCUUUGCAUUUGCUACGUGCCUGGCUUCUUGUCACAGGAGCAGAGGCAGGCGCAGCUCAUGAGGAGGUGGCGCUUCUCCUGCUGCUGCCCCGCGUGCAAAUCGGAGUCCACGGGGCGAAGUGACGAGCUGCGACUACGGCUCGCCGCGCUCGAUGCGCAGCUGUCCGCGAAGACCCGGCUGUGGCAGUCUCGGUCUUUCACUGCUUCAGAGGCUGAGGCCAAGGAGUCCGCAUUGCUUUCACAAGUCUCCGACAUGACUGAGCUGAUUUUGGCGGAGUUUGGGCCACAUCCAGCCAUCCUCUGCCAGCUGUUCUACGAUGCCUUCGUUCUCCUUCUGCUCUUGGGGAGGGCGCGUUCCUCGGGGCGUAUGAUUCGCUUGGCGCUUGAGGAGUCGACGGCCGCUGCGGGUCCAUCGGCCCAGACUCGCCGCUUCCAACGGUUCGCCUCCGACCCGCGCACCCACCCGGCUUUCUCCAUGAGCCGAAUCCUAGCAGAUGAGCCAUGGGGCGAAGACGGACGACCAAAGAAGGCUAGUGGAUAG